UCUCGUCUCUCGUCGUUGGCGGCAGUGAGUGCGGUGCGACUUGUCGCGCGUUUGACAAACGAAUUAGAGACGACUGUCGGGGGAUCCGCCGUGUCUCGGACUGCCGCCCAUACAUACAUUCCGCGCGCAAUAUAUCGUCGCGCCAAAUAACGCCGCGGCGCGCAAUCGCGUUCGUACUGCCGGCGUUAUCUCAUUCACCGGCUCGUCGCGACCGGAGUCCCCCGUCCCGUCGUCGUCGUCGGUUUCGCGCCGAAAGUGAUCGCGCCGCGGCGGCGCCUCGAUGGGAGGGAAACGCCACAAGUGAAUCGGCUCUUGUUGCUCGUCGACGUCAACCGGCGACGAGGAUCGUCUCCCGGUCGGUCCGACCUCUCCGACGACGUGACGAACGCAACGUGUCUCGUCCGUCCGCGUGACGAAUUGGCGCACGCAAGGAAAUCCCACGGCUUACUUCUCGGUUUGGUUAAGGACGUGGCUUUAAAAAGCGGGCUUUAAGGACUGGGCACAACGAAUUUCCAGAAGCCAACGUCGUGCCUGACGUCGAUUCGACGAUCAAAUUCGAGAGAUCGAGCAUCUCAUCUGCAAUCCCCAACUUGACUCGUUGAGAACGAGCUGCCGUCCGCGCAAAGUAAACCAAUCGUCCGCUAACCAAAAUCCGUCGGAGAUGGAUGGAGAAUCUUCUCCCGGGGAAUCCCUCAGCGAGGCGCCGAACGUCGAAUCACCGAUGUCCAACAUCACUAACGAUCUGUCGAGAUCGUCACUGGAUUCCGGCAGCGCGAAAAAGCGUCACUUUUCACGUUUAAAAGGUACCUUCGGCGCUUGUCAUCGCGCGAACGAUCAGAGAAGCGAAGGCUUUUUAUUUCCAAAGGACAAGAGUCAACAAGACGUGGACUUGAAAAAAGCGGAUUAUUACAUAAAUCCACGUGGAUUGCGAGUGUCACCCCAUGGAAAAAAUGAACAGAAUAAAGAGAACAGUGGCGCUGUUAGCAAUUUCUAUCGCCACACACGUCCAGACUCGAACGAUAAACCGGAUUAUUGCAUAAGUCCACGUGGAUGGCGAGAGUCGCCUCAUGGCAAAAAUGAUCAGAAUAAAGAGAACAGCGUUCCUAGCCAUUUAUAUAGUCACACACCACAAAGAGCGCGCAGUAAGAAAGUACGACAACCGUUGGAGGUUUACGAGGAGAACAGCCAGGACAGCGGCCACCCGUCGAGCCCGCUCAGCGAGAAGGCGAAGAAGCGGCGCGAAUUCUACUCCGCGGAGUUCGCGAUGUCGAGGAGGAGUAUACCCAUGGAAUAUUCAAUGUGCUCGCAUCCCGUACUUUCUCCGAUGAACUACCAAUACUCGAAGAGCUCGUCCCUGCUGCGUAGCCUGUCGUCGGGAUACGAGAGCAUGGACGACGGGCUCGUGAGCGAGCUCAACGACAUGGAGACCACGGACGAGGAGGAGAUGCAGCUGCCGAGCGGCAUCUCGAAGCUGCUCUCCGGCGACAUAGUCGCGCCCGAGGGAUCGACGGACUACGACGUCUCGACGACCCCCGACUUCUCCCGGAAUCUGUCGUCGAAAGUCAAGAAAUGGUUGUCGGUGCAGAGCGGCAUGUACAAGCGGAGCAUCAAGACGAUGUCGCCGCCGCUGGCGCGGUCGCCGUCGCUGGCGCGGUCGCCGCCGACGGCGGCGGGGUCACCGUCGCUGGAGAAGCUGCCGCCGCUGUCGAAGAUCCGCACUUGCCUGUUUCGCUCGCCGACGGCGAGCUGCUCGAAGAGGACGGUGAUGAGGACGUACAGCUACGACGAGGCAUCCGCACCCUACUACAGACUCCAAAUGGAGAUCUCGCCGCCGGAUCUCCAUUCCGUCCGAUCUUACAAACGGCCGUCGGAAGAUCUGUUGGAGGACGAGACGUCGAUCCUGAAACGAUCGCGCAAGUCCAACGGCCUGUGCCCGAACACGACGCCCGUGUCGGCGAGACGCACGAGCACCUUGACGCACUCGCAGAUCGCCCUGCAGAGGAGCCUGUCCGAGUCGAGGGCGGGCCUGAGCGAGACGCACACGAACAUCAAGUGGGCGAUCCACCGCAGCGUCACCGACACCGAUCUCAUCGGCGACUUCAGCAAGCCGUGUAUAAUGCCGCUCGUGCCGAGCGGCAUGCACCCGGAUCUGAAGACCAUCUCGCCCGACACGUUGGCGGCCCUCCUACGCGGCGAGUUCGCCGAUCGCGUUGGCUCCUACAACAUCAUCGAUUGCCGUUAUCCGUACGAGUACGAGGCGGGCCACAUCCAGGGGUCGGUGAACAUCUACAACAUAGAUCUCAUCCAGCAGAUCAUGCUCGAUCACCUGGCCGAUACCGUUCCCAAGAUCCAGCUCGACACCGACAGGCGCAACGUACUCGUGUUCCAUUGCGAGUUCUCGUGGGAGCGCGGGCCGAAUCUCUCGAGGACUCUGCGCAGACUGGACCGCGCGUGCAACAAGGAGCACUACCCGGCGCUGUACUAUCCGGAGAUUUAUCUCCUGCUGGGGGGCUACAAGAUGUUUUACAGCGAGCAGAAGGAGUUUUGCUCGCCGCAGGGUUACAAGCCGAUGAAGCACCCGAAUCACGAGGAGGAGUACCGAUUCUUUCGCAGCAAGAGCAAGAGCUGGCAGCCGGAGAAGACCAAAGGGAUCAGCCAGACAGUGCGAACGAAUCUCGAGCGUUUUGCCUUUUAAAGCGAACACAUUCGUCUUUCUUUCUUUCUACAUUUAAUUUCUAAUUUAAGGCUCAAUCUACUCCCGUCGUACUAGUCGCGAAUCGUUAAGACGUUGAACGUCCUCAGAGACGGUCGGGAUAUCAAAUACGCGCGCGCCAUGCGCGUCGCUAAAGUGCAAAUAGCGUAAAGAGACUACUUUAUAAUAAUUUUUCUUUUUAAUACUUUUCGGUCGCUCUUUGCGCUAUAUAAUAUGACUGACUCGAGGAAUUUUUCUACGAGUGUCUUAUAUGAUCUAAAAUGUAGAUGUAAAUGUCAUUUCGAUCGAUAUUUAGAUUCUAAUCGAUCUUAAUACUUAAGCUUAGUAAUUUAGCGGUUUAGUUAUGUACGCCAAGAUCGAUUAGAAUUUAUCUUAGAUUGCAUUUUCGACAUUCGACGAUUUAAGUUGCUAUCGUUGCGGCUUUUCACACAUCCCCACCGAGAUCGAAAUUUGUACAUAGAAAAAAAAUCACAUAACAGAUAGGAUUAUACAUACGCGUCAUUCUGUAAUUAAAGGACAUUUUUUUGUAAUCAAACAAUGCAAUAUAUCCGCGUGCCGACUCGAGAGAGAUACCAGGGUAAAAAGGAUGGGACAUGAUGUCGUGAAUGUACGUUGCAAAUUUCUUUUUUCAUGUCUAUUACACGUCGGGUAACAUCUCAUUGUGUAUAUAGAACAUACGAUUGGGACUUCGACGACUUAAUCACGUCGAUCUCUGUAUCUUUAUUGUCGGUAUUGCUUUGCGAAUUUCUCUAAAGCAAACGCUUACGGUCGACUCUGAAAAUUCCAGAAAGUGUUACCAAUUCGUUGUUGCAAUUUGAUGAAAAAAAGGUAUUAUUAAUAUACACACAAAAAAAAAGUUUAAUCCUCAAGUACUCGCGUCGGAUCAACGCGACUUGACGUUUCUUUCGAUUGUACUUUUUACUUUAAAAAGAAGAAUUGAAGAAUCAGCGCGGUUUGAUGAAAGGAUUUAAAAUUUUUAAGAUCUAGCAUAAAAUCUGCUUUUCUUUCGCUCAAUUUUCUUUUCGGAAAGAAGAAGAAAAAGAGAGGGAGAAAGCUUUUUACCGCGCGUUAAGUACUUAAGGAUUAAUCGAUAACACAAAUUACGUGAAAUUUUUCUAUUGAGCCAAGUGAUGCAAAUACUAUUAUAUGUGCAAAUUUUUUUGUUGUUACAUUGUAAAAA